AUGCGUCCUGGAAACCUUUUUGUCAGAGGCGUCACGAGCUUGUUGGCUCUGGCCGACUUGGCCAUCUCUACCUCAGCCCCGAAGCAUAGAGAGGAAACGGCCGCACCGCGUCUCAAGAACUGGGGCGUCGUGCUCUUUCGCGCUUUCGACGGCCAAGACAUUUUCGGUCCCCUAGACGCAUUACAACUACUAGCCUUCCAGCGCCAGAUGAACCUCUACCUCAUCGCUGAGACCUUGGACCCGGUCACAUCCGAGCCUGCUUCCGCCGCGAUGAACUCAAAGAACUCAAGUUUCUGGCCGAUCAUCCUCCCGACUCACACCUUUGCCAAUGCUCCGGAGCUGGAUGUCCUUUUCGUGCCGGGCGGUGCCGGUGUCAGGGCGCCGGACGUGAAGAACAUCACAGACUUCAUCGCCGACCAGUAUCCAAGUCUCGAGUACCUCAUUACCGUCUGUACGGGCGCUGGUCUUGCUGCCAAGUCUGGCGUGCUAGAUGGCAGGCGGGCUACCACGAACAAAUCGGCAUGGUCUACUGUGACUGCAUGGGGCCCCAACGUGGACUGGGUCCGUCAGGCUCGAUGGGUUGUCGACGGUAAUAUUUGGUCUUCAGCCGGUGUUACGGCUGGAUUGGAUCUGACUUUUGCAUUCUUGACCGAGAUGUUCGGGUAUGAGCAAUCGAAUCGCAUCGCGACGCUGAUGGAGUAUAUUCCAAACACGGACUCGAGCAACGAUCCUUUUGGGGUCGCCUUUGGUCCAUGA